GAACGCGUACGGUACGGUACGUGCGGCAAGUGCGAUCGCGCAAGAGCGUUGUUACGCACAACAAAAAUGGCGUAGCAAUCAGCGUCUCAUUUGGCAUUUAAACGAAUUGCUAGCGAAAAAAACGCGACGUCAUUUUUUUCGCGGAGACAAUCGUGACCCCGACCGUGAUCGACUCCGGCCGACGAACCCGGCUACGUACUUAGACGGAAUCUUAAUUACAGUGUGUAUAUUAAUCGGCAAGUGUGUGUUCGCGGCCUCGCGAGAUUUUCAACGAUUCAACUUUCGUUUGUUGUUUGUUCGGCGUCGCGGUUUUGUCAGCAACCGACGUUAACGCGACGUUUUCGGUCCGGAACGUUAACGUAGUGAUACGCGAAACCAUCAACGGAAACAACGUAAAGAAAGAAGUAUGACCGAGUGGAUGUGGUCCGCGCGAAGUCGAUGAUUUUUCCGCUGCUCUUGACAGCUCCGGACGAGGCCAAGAUGGCGCCACCGGUGUUUUGACAUUUGCCGAAAAACCGACCCGUCAGCUGUGGACUCCGUCGUCGCUUGUAGACGAUUUUAACUUAUUAUGAGCAGAGAAUUCUACGAGCCCUGCACACCUUACACCUAUCAGAUCAGAUCAAAACUGUCCAGCCUUGGCGAUCCUCUGAAGCGUUUUUUGAAAUCGAAGAGAUACCCAAAUAACGUUAAUUCCGAAGUGGAGAACGUCGACGACGAUCGUCACGAACCUCGAUCGCUCGGUUUUGAGAAAAUCGACGAAUACUAUGCGAACCCCAGUAAUUUUUCUCUUUUGUCAGCAUCCACGCAGAACGAAGAAUUAACGAAGAUCAAUCCCUCGGUUUAUCGGUCCGAGCAUCAUCUCGUGGCGAAUGAUGCAAGGACGCGCGAAUCUUACCAGGACCUCGCCAGUUAUUUCUCCGAACUCGACCCCGAUGAACCCUCGACCUCCGCCACGAACACCACCGUGCUCUCCGCGAGUACCUUCGAUCGUGAUGUCGAGAGAACGGAACCGAGCGAGAACUUACAAAGUACCACGGUAACUUCGACGACUUCCUCGUCGUUCGGAAAUGACAUAACCGAAACCGUCUCAAGUUCCAUGAAUACCGAUGACGUAUCGGACACAGAUUUCGUGGAUUUAGUGCAACACGCUACCAUUAUCGCAAUGAAUCCCAUGGCAGUUUCCGUUCAAUUAGGAAACGAAAUUAGAAGCAUGUCCGAAACGAUGGACUCGAGAACGCGAGAUCAAGGCGUAGGCCGGGACGAUCCCUCACGAGAGCUUUACGAGAGAACUUUACGCAUGGUGAUUCGGAAGCCACUUUGCCCGCAGGAAGACGAACCCAACAUAUACUGAGGUUACAUCGUGUAAUUGUUGUUGAAAUUACAUGCGAGGAAUUUUUUUUUCUCCAAUGUGUAAUAGAAAUAAGACUCAUUAAACGAUA